AUGUCUCCUCGAAAGCGCCAGAGAACGAAUCCAUCUCAGCCAAGUUCAUCCAGUCCACCGGCGGCAAUCGCCCCUGCGACAGCAACAUCGGCUACGUCACAGGUCACGGCCGUCUCAGAACCCGCCCACCGUCCGGCGCGAGAGAUGCCUCUGAUGAGGGACAGGAGCGGCAGCGAAACCAAGAACACCACACUGAAUCCUCCGCAACCGCAGAAACAGGUCCGCAAAUCUAGGAGUUGGUACGGCUCCUGGCCACGCAAAUCGGCCGCGUCGACGCAGCUUGCACGUGAAACCAUAUUCGGAGGCACUCUCAAACCAUCGAGCACUCCCGACUUUCGACGAUUCGAUACGAAAAAGAGCAUCGACACGGCGAGUUUCGAGGGGCCGGCUGACUCGUCGGCGUCAUUACCCCAGAUUCCAGAAAGUGCUGCGACAGAGGAAGAGGCAACAACAAGCAAAACAGACAGCGAUACGGCGAAAGCGCAGGUUGAGAUUGCGGAAGCGAGCAAGCUGGAUGAGGAGCAGCCAGCGAAGACGGCCGACAGUGAUACAACAAAGCCUGCAGAGGCGGAAAACGAUCAGCAGCGACCCGUAACAGCAUCGAGCUGGUUUGGCUGGCUGGGACGCGCGCCAGCGACAGAAAUACAGGUGACAGCACCAGUCGAGGAGCCACCUAAAGAGGAAGAACCCCCGAAGGAACCCGAAGUUCAGGAGCCGGACCCCACCGAACCACCAGCCUCCGAGGUCCCAGAACAACCCGCAGUGACUUCACCGGCACCGGCGACAUCGUGGUUUGGGUUUUGGUAUUCCAACACUCCUGUACCAGAGGCGCCAGCGGCGACUGAUGAUACAAAACCCCCAGAACUCACCACCGCAGAGCCACCCACAAAGGAACCAGAAGACGUUGUGAUGGAGGACGCUCCGCCACCAAAACCAGAUGCUCCCAAGCAGGAUACACAGAAACCACCGACCGCCGGAUCAACCUGGGCAUUCUGGUCUAGAGAUACGCGCUCGAACACCGAUGGAGCAAAGAAUGAGAAUGCAAACUCUCAAUCAGAAUCGGGAGAGCUUGCGGUGAUGGGACAAGGUUCAGAGGCCCAUCCGGAGAGGACAAGCGUGGACCAAGCUCAGCGAGAUGUCGAUGUAAAGGAUGGCAAAGAUGGCAAGGAUGCCAAGUCAGCAAAAGAUGUGAAACCUGCAAAGACCACCAAGUCGGGAAUUGCAUCUGCGCCGCCGACGUUCGGGAGGAGAACUAAGAGAGUGCGCCCUCAGUCGAUGGAGAUCGACAUCCAGUCGAGGCCAGAAACGCCUACACGUCCCGAGUCAGUGGCAUCCUCGAGAGCCUCGAUCACGGAACAGACGCCAAAGGAACCGCCUUUGAAGCCAGGAACGCCAAAGAGCACGGCACAAGAGACGCCUUCAAAAUCAUCGCCACCAAACCUGCUCCUCCCAUCAUUCGCAAGUACAUAUCGCAUGAAAGACAACCCAUCCAUCAUCAAACAACUCACCUCACUCCUUCUGAGAAAUCAACAACCUUCGGCGAACCACGUUUAUAGAGUAAAAGAAACGCCGAGGAUCAAGAAAGCGCUCGCCAUUGGAGUCCACGGUUUAUUCCCGGCAAGUUACCUUCGACCCAUGGUGGGACAGCCGACGGGAACUUCACUUCGGUUUGCAAGCCUAUGCGCCGAAGCCAUUGGUCGUUGGGCAGACGCCCACGGCUGUUCAGACUGUGAAAUCGAGAAAAUCGCUUUAGAGGGGGAGGGCAAGAUCGCGGACAGGGUGGACAACCUAUGGAAGCUCCUUCUUAACUGGAUCGAGCAGAUCCGCAACGCAGAUCUGAUCAUACUGGCAUGCCACUCACAGGGCGUGCCUGUCGGCGUGAUGCUUCUGGCGAAGCUCAUCGACCUGGGCAUUAUCACCAAUGCGAAGAUUGGCGUCUGCGCCAUGGCCGGAGUCUCGCUGGGCCCAUUCCCAGACUACAAGUCUAGCAUGGGGAUUCUCAUGGGUUCCGCGAAUGAACUCUGGGAAUUCUCCAACCCGGACAGUGAAGUCUCCAAGAGAUACGAGAACGCACUCAAGGACGUUCUCAAGUACGGAGUCAGAAUCACCUACAUUGGCAGCAUCGACGACCAGCUUGUCCCAAUGGAAUCCGCAAUCUACUCCCCCGCCUCUCACCCCUACAUCUACCGCGCCGUCUUCAUCGACGGCCGCAUUCACGCCCCGGAUUUCAUCGCCCACCUGGUAGGCUUCGCCCUCAAGCUCCGCAACCUGGGCGUCUCCGACCACGGCCUCGUCCGCGAGCUCUCCACCCCCCUCGCCGGAAGCCUUUACUCGGGCGAGGGCCACUCCCGCCUCUACUACGACGACCAGGUCUACGACCUCGCCCUCACCCACGCCCUCGAGACCGCGGACGUCAGGCCCAACGUCCCCGCCACCGUCUCCCACCGCCGCGACGCUGGCUCUUCCCUCGCCAGCCCGAACCCCUACCACCUCCCCUGGAUCAUGCGCGGCCUCCUCGAGGAGGACUUCGUCCGCACGGAGCUCUCCGCCGAGACCGAGGAACUCCUACGCCAGUUCGACGACUGGAAGCCCGUCACCAAGGCCCUCAAGGACGUCAAGUACCGCCUCGAGGCCAUCCGCUCAAAGCUCUGA